AUGGGGAAAAUACAGCUCUCGGACCAGUUAGCCUCAGUGGUGAGCAAUGCAUCCGUGGCCAAGAUUAAGGUUCAGGACCUGCGUGGCAAGAAGGAGGAGGAACGGCUAAAACAACUGGACGAUUUGAAGGUGACAGGUGGCGCCGCUUCCAAGCUCUCCAAGAUAAGAGUUGUCCACAAAUCCAUCGCCUGUGUUCUCACCGUCAUUAACCAGACUCGAAAGGAAAACCUCAGGAAGUUCUACAAGGGCAAGAAGUACAAGCCUCUGGACCUGCGACCCAAGAAAACUAGAGCCGUGCGCCGCUGGUUCACCCAGCACGAGGAGAAGCUGAAGACAAAGAAGCAGCAGCGGAAGGAGGGGCUGUACCCCUACACAAGCAUGCGGUCAAGGCCUAAUGGAAGGGCAAUAAAGUGCAAGACUGGCAAAAAAAAGAAAAACCAAAAAAAAAAGUCUCUACAAGACUGGAUUGCUGUGGAGUGUUUUCUUAAUUAG